AUGACUGAUAUUGGGAAUUAUUUUAUAAAUUCUGCAAUCGAUUUACAAAUACAAAACCCUCAAAAAAUUCCUGCAAGCCAAAGACAAAAAUUCAGAGAAAUUUCUACCAAGCCAAACCAAGAAAAAUUACGCCUUUAUAAAGAAUUAUCAGGAUUAGUAAAAUCUAUUUGUUGUGAUAUCCAUACAAAAACAAAUGGGAUUUUGAUUAAUAUUGAGAAUGGAGAAGUGCUAUAG